AUGUCUGCAAAUACAGAAAUAUCAAAGGCUCUCAAGGAGCUUAAAACCGCCAUGAAGGCAGUUCUCGCCAUGGACCCGACCGGUGGGGUGAUUCUCCAAACCGCCCAGGAGAGUAACACAUUUUUAGUACUAUGCUUUGUGACAACUAUCAAGGAUAUGACAAGUAUCAAGACUGUGACAACUGUAAAUUUAAAUGACAGUCUGUAG